AUGGCUAGAAUGGGCAAGUCUCCACCUUCAUCUCUUGGUAUUUUUGAGUUAUUUUGGGGUUGGUUGUUACUGGUCUUUGCUCUAGGGGCAUUUUCAAUUUUACUGGCCCACACUAAACAAAUGGGCCCUGUCUCACCACCUCAAGCAGGAAUCGGGUCCUAUAAGAGGGCUGAGGAGUUGGGCUCCAUUAGUGGGGAACAAAGGAAGAAAAAGAGGAAUGACCCUCGCAUGGAGAGCAUUAAAGCCAAGAAUGUGACGUGCGAGUGGCAAGUGGAUAGGCCGACCCACGGGCCACACGAUGAUGUGGUUCGAGUGAUUGAG